AUGCCAUCGUACGACGAACGUAAAAAAUUUUGGGAAAAAAUGUCAACGUCGCAAAGUAGCGAAAUGAUUGUCGACGUCGAACAUAAUUUGAUGGAAAGUGGCACGGAAAGGAUUUCCAACGAGAAAAUCGUUAAAAAUAUUGUAAAGGAAACGAAAUCGCCGCCGAAAGAAAAAGAAACCGUCGAAGAAGUUGAAAAUGUGGAAAACGUUCAGGAUAUCGGUUUGGUUAAGUCGUUAACUGAUUCAUAUAGUAAAAAAAUAGCAGCGGGUGAAUUAGUAAUGCCAGCCAUUCCAAUGCCGAAAUCAUUCCCGACGAAAGAUGUCGUGGAAGAAGAAAAAGAAAAAGAAGAAAAAAUUAGUUUUCACGAAUCCGAAAAGGCUCAUCCCUCUGAUACUGUAACGGUAUUAGAAUCGGAAGCCAAGUUGAAGACUGAGAGUCAUAGUCUUCCAAUUACAAAAAGUACUGUAAUUUCCGGAAGCACUAAACUCGUGGAAGAAGAAAACGUGGAAAUAAUGAAACCGAUCGUUGAAUCUCUUUCAUCCGAUAGAAUAAUAAUAGAACCGAACGAAUCGGAGAAAAAAUUGUUUAAACAAGAACAGAGCACGGAUUCGGAAGCGGAAUAUUUGGCUAAAUAUGGCGUCGAAAGUGUAGCCUUUGACAACACCGUGUUUUCCGACGAGGAUGCCGACGACGUAAACCUUCCGUUGAGCGAACGUAAAAAAGUAUUCGAAGAAUUAUCGUUUCCGGCUCGUAAAUCACUAAAAGACAGAUCCAUGUCUUUGCCGGCGCAAGAAAUAUCGGAAACGGUAAAAGCUAAAAAAAAAUUAUUCGAAAAAGAAAUAAAAAACGAAGUCAUAGUCGAAAGGAUAAUUUCGCAUCGCGAAGAAAUCGAUGAAGGUGACGUAGAAUCAAAAGUCGUUAAAAGUAUUAAAACGAGUGAGUUGCCAACUUCUGAUGGUCUACCAAAAGAAUCGACGAUUGAAAACGCUGACGAAGUCGUUAAGAAGGUGAAAAAAGUACCGGCGGCGGACGUCAGCGUGAAAGACGUUCAUUUAGAGAAAAACGAAAUCGAAGGAAACGAAAAAGAAAAAUUGAUGACGUUGCAAAAGACGAGAAGAAAAGAUGAGUCGUCUUCAACUACCCAAAACGCUGGUAAAAAACAAAUAGAAACUUCGAGCGUGGGUGAAAGCGAAGAUACCCAAUCGGAAUCCGACGUGACUCCCGACGAUGCGAGAUUGAUUGAUAACGAAGAUGCUCAAUGGGAUAUAAACGGUUCUCAUUCGGGUGAUGCAUCUCCGAAAGAUCACAUAUACAGUCCCGAAGGCAUGGGCGAAUCCGUCAUAGGACGAUGGAUCGGACAAGAAGAUUUAUCAAAAUCAUCUUGGGGACCUGAUAAUUAUCAGUGUAAAGCUGAUUCAAAAUGGCAGAGAACGCGUUCCGAGUGCGUAUCACCCAAAGAACAUCAUCAGUACGUGUACACGCCCGAAGAACAUUUUCCGGAUACUGUCUGGGAAGCUCCCGUGCAAGAACAAUUAGAAAAAGAAGAAACCGUGCAAGCGAAAGAAAUCGCUGAAGAAUUAUUGGAAUACAUACAGUGCGAAGUGGAAAACAAAUCCACGUUUUUGACGAACGAUAAUUACGAUGAUGACGACGACAGUACUCUCGAAUCCGUGCCAACGAACAUAACCGAACAAUUACGAGAAUUGGCGAAUAAAAAAGAAUUGGAUAAAAAUGACGUCAUGGAAAUAGAAAAAAUUUUAAUGAAAGAAAAACGCGGAACUCAUUCUAAACCUCUACAAGUGGAUACGGCGGCAUCCAGCGUCGACAUAACCGACGAAGAACUUCGAAGCACCGGUGCCGACAAUGAUUUGAGCCCUAUAGAAAGUCAAGUACACAAAUUACAGAGUCUCGAUGAAGAGGAUGAUAUCGUCGUGUCGAGUCCGGAAAAAGCAUCCGUCAAAUUGGAAAAAAUGACGGAAGAAAAAGAAGGAGAUGAUUUUUUUGAGCAAGCGGAAAUAAAAAUGUCCAAAUUGAGGGAUGAAGAUAUAGUGGAUCAAACGAUAGCAGAAGUUAAAGAAUCGUUGGGCGCGGCACAAGAACAACUCAUAGCUCAACAUAAAAAAAGGAAAAAAAAUGAAUUUUUAAAAAAAGAAUCCCCCUCCGAAUUCGAAUUCAAAGGAAUGAGCGGAGAAAAAAUAUCGGAAUAUUUUCCGGGUGUAGAAGAGGUCAACGAACCCGCGACCUUGACUCCUUCGGAUGUAAACCUAAAAAGUAAGGUAGGCGGUUUGGAAGACAUAAAACAGGGAAUCGUCGUUAUCGAAGAAAGUGGAUUUUCUGAAAAGGUCGAAGAUAUGGACGAGACGAUUCAAUAUCGAGCACAAAUCACCGAUUUUGACGACGAAAAAAUGUCAGAAUCGUUCGACGGUGGUGAUUAUGAUAAGAAAACAAUCGAAAAGGAGUCUGAUAAGGAUGUAGAUGUGAAGUUAGUCAAGGACGCCGGUGAGGAUUUUAAAGUGAAAGAAUAUGAAAAGAUCGAUGAUGUUGUUCACGAUGACGAAAGUGUCACGAGAAAAGACUUUGAACCGACGGGAGAGGCAGAUAUUACAACCGAAACCGAUUAUUCUCAAAAUUUAGAAAUUAAAAUACCGGAAACCGGAAGUGAUAAAAAAAUGAUUCAUCGCUCCAGCGAAGAUUCUUCAUCUAAAUGCGGCUCCAUCGAAGAUUCGAUAAAAUCGCCACCCACUCUCGAAGAAGUUUUAUCAUCGACUUCGUCCAUCGAAAAACAAGUGGACGUAAAAUCGGGCAUAGUUUUCCGUCAUUCCACGAGUUCGGCACGUCAUAAAGCCGACCGACGAUCUGGAGCGGAUUUAGAACCGUAUUCAAGUUCGAGCGAUAGUCAUUAUCAAUCGUUCGAACAAACGACAAGUCGUCCGUGUUCAUCUGACGUGGAAGCAUUGGUAGCCGGAAACGUCGGAACCGCAGGUUCGUCCGAAUACGAAUCCGCCGCGUCACACGAAGUGUCGAGCAAACAAGCCACGUCAGCAGAUUAUCAAACGGCAGUUAGUUCUCUUUCUUCGCGAGAAAGUAUAAAAAGUUUAGAUUCGGAAAGUUCCGGUAAUUUAGCCAGUAUCGAAGUUUCGAGCGAAGCUUCAGAAACGUUAGUUCAAAGCGCUUUAGAAUUGGACAAAGAACCGGAAACACCCGAAGUGUUACUUUUUGAAGACGAUGCAUCCGGCAUGAUCGUGCAAAAUAAUAAAAAGAAAACGAAAUUGUCAUCGGAGCGAAGUUCGUUGGUCUCGAGCGAAAAACCCGUACUAGGCGAUGAAGAUUUCGAAAUGGUAAAAGAAUCGCAAGUUCUCAGUUGGGAAAGGAAACCGUUUGAAAGUUUGGAAAGUGGUGAGAUCGUGGCAGAAGAAGCAAUUUCCGACGAAGACUGCAUGCAAAAAAUGAAAAGAUCGUACGAAAUGACUUUUCAACCGGAACCUAAAUUAAUUGCUUUUUCAAACAGCAUCGAAGGUCUUCCCAAAGAAAAUUUUUCUGAAAAUGUUCCGGUGGGAAGCAUGGACGAAACAUCGAGCAUCAUCAGCGUUCCCGAUGAAAGAAUCGUAUCGAGUUUAGAGGAUAGUUCAAGUAUUUUAUCGACCAGUCUUUCCACAAUAUCCGAGCCCUCAGCAGUUAGAACGGUUAUUGAAUUGUCUCAGGGUGAUUCGGAAAAACUCGAUGGUUCUUUAACAGUCAGCGGAAUUUCGAUGGAUCACGAUGACUUGGACGGACAAGAAACCGGCGCACAACAAUCUGCUACCAAUGAAAUAAGCACGUCGACAUUAGUUCAAGGAAUAAACAAAAAAGUCGGAUCUGUGAUUAUCACAACAUCAAGUUCCGAAGAGCAAGGGGUAUCGUACGUCUCAACGCAAGUGACUUCGGUCUCUCGAAAGUCGAGUAUGGCAGACGAAACGAAAACGGAAAGAAAAGGCAGUCAACCGCUGCAAAUCGAGAAAAUAAAUGAAAAACUUUCACAUUUAAACGGUCCGACGGAAGUCGAUUACGUACCUGAUUACGACGACGUGGACACGUCGAAAGCAAAAAAGUUACAAGGUCACAGGCGAAAAGAAAGCACGAGUAAUUUCGUACCUACGAUGACGUGGAAUUUGAGCGAAGCAAAAACACAAAAACCGAAAUCCGAUUUUACCGACGGAGAUGAAAUUUCAUCCGGACAAAAUUUUUCAAACGAUGUAAAACUCACGGAAAAAGAAGUUAAAAACGAUGAGAAAAAAGAAGCAGACGAUUCUGAAAAAGCAGAAGACAGUUUGGAAAAAUUUGCAGAGGAAAGGAAAAUAUCAGUCGGAGAAGAAGUCGAAGAAUUUCGCGACUACGAUAACAACAGGUCUUUAAGUCAAAUAAGCAGAACGGAUUCGAGACCCGUUUCUUCCGUUUUCAGCGAAGAUCAACCCGAUUCCGAAUUAUCCGAAUUGAUGAAACAAGGUUCGAGCGAAACUGAAAAAGAAGACAUAAUCGAAAGACCCUCGACACCGGAACCCGAAGAAAUGGAAAACAAAGAUAUAACUCCUGAAUUUUCAUCUGAAGCACAAGCUAGCGUAACAGAACUUGAAAUGGAAUAUUCGAGCGCGUACAGCAGAAGAGAUGAAUACGCUUCACACGUGAGUCCCAUUCGAGAAGAAAGAUUGGAACUCAAUAACAUGGACGUGACAAAUUUCACGCAAGACAAAGAGUAUACGUUGCCACCGCAAAGUAGUUUAGAGAGUACCAUCGAAGAAAAACACGAAUUGGAAUCGGGAGAAAAGGAUAUUUUGGAAAAAACCGUCAUCGUGACCACGAGUAGCACCGACAUUCCAGAUAUAAAAGUCACCGAAGAUGUGACUGCGGAGACGUUAGAAAAACCCAAAUCAUUAGAAACGAAGGAGAAAAAAAUUCCAAAAACUCCCGACACGCCAUCAUCGACGCACAGUAGAACAUCAUCGAUUUCAACGGAUCAGGGAAAAGAAUACAAUUUAGAAGGAUCGGAAAUAAAAAAAUUUUCGAAAGAAAUUUUAGCAGAAGAAAAAGAAAUGAGCGAAACGAAAGAAGAUAAAGAUUCCGCGGGUUCUCCGAGUAGCGAUUCGUUCGAAAUGCUCGAUAAACCGGAUAUAAGCGACGAAUACGUCAUAAUCGAGGAAGUAGGUCGAGAGGCUGAGGAAAAUGAUAAGGAAGGGAAAAGCAUACAAAUAUCGUCGAAGAAAAAAACGUACAAAAAACCGAAAGAAAACACGAAAGAAGACGCGAAGGAAGAAGAAUUGAAAGAAUCACCGCCGGGACCGACGACGAAAAUGACGGAUUUGAAAUAUUUUCCAAAAGAAGAUGAUGCGGAAUUGUUUUCGUUUGAUUCGGAAAGUCCGCCGCAACCGCCGACGCGUAAAUUCGUUGAAAAAAUUAAAAAAAGACCCGGACGAGAGGAAAAAACGGAUUCGGAUUUCGAUCAACAUUUGGAACAGAGUAAAAAAUGGGUGGAAAUGCAAUUUCAAGAACAGGCGGCCAAAGUCAUCGGAGCCUACGGUUACGAAAUGGAAUACGAAAGAGCACCGCUCGAGGACAUCAAAGAAGAAGAUUUAAACGAUUUAGAAAGCAGCAGUAAAAUCGGUAGCAUGGGUAGUCAAAAGGAAAGCAUCGGUAGUUUCAGCAGCGUCAAAGACAGUUUUAGCAGCACUCCCGAUUAUGACGUAUUAGCCGGACGAAAAUAUUUCACACGUUCGGGAGAACACGACGAUGUCAGCAUGAGUAGCUUACAAGAAUUCGAAUUGAUUGAAAGAAAAAUAAUGGAAAACGGUAAGAAAAGCGGAUCGUCGAGCAGUCAGGAUUCAUUGAAUAGUAAAAAAUUGGGAACGUCGAGCAAAAGCGGACAGGGAGACGAUAUAAGUUUGGCGAGUUUGAGAGAAUUUGAAAAUUUGGAAAACGCUUGCGCGACCGUCGUCACCAUGGAAAGCAAAGCGAAACAAGAAGAACAAAUUUUGUCGGAAAUAGACGAAGGUCACGAGAGUCAAAUAUCAGAGUCUGAAAGUUGCGAAACGGUUUCGGCCGUUAUCAGAGAUAAAUUAGAAUCGGAAUGUGACGAUUUCGAUAAGAAAAUGUUCGAAAUAGACGAGAUAAUCAAACAGGCGCAAACGAACGUUGAAAAAUUUUCAGAAUUGCAAGCGAUGGAAAAAAUAGAAUCCAUGGGCCGCGGGGAUUCGUACGAGGAAGUUGCAAAAGUACCCGAUUUGGAAUUGGACAUGCCGUUCUCUGGUGGUAAAUUACCCUACGAUCACGUUCAAAAUUCGAAAACAUCGAAAUUACCAUAUUCGACGCAAGUCGUGACGAAGAAAAAAAUUCAACAGUGGAGAGAAAUGGAAAAAAUUGAAGAAUCAAAAAGGAUGAUGAAUGCACCCAAAGACGUGCAAAAUGACCGUGCUGCCGCCGCCGCCGAAUCGUCGUUAAGCAACGGAACCAAAGUCAAAUCCAUAAGUGCGGAUUCAUUGGAAAUAAGCGAAAAAGAAAAACAAAUGAUUCGGGAUGGAAAUGAUGACGCAAUAAGUCUAGACUCUUACAAAACGAAUCCGCUUAAAACGGAUACGAGAGAAUUGUCGGAAUUUGGUCACAAGAGCGAUUCCAUGGAAGAGGUUAGACACCAUAAGAGCAGCUCCGGAGAUUACAGUUCUUUGAGUAAAGACGAAAGCGAAGAUUUGACGUAUCGUCCGACGUCGAAAGGUGAUUUCGUCAUGGGUAGCAACGAAAGUUUAGAUCCGAGCAGUUCCGCCGGAACUCAAGCCACGUAUCAAUACGAAACGGAUUCGGUUAUGUCUUCCAGUUUUACGAGCGCGGAUUCCAACACCAUGAUAUCCAGCACGGAUAACAUAGAUUUCCUUUUAUCCGCUCAAAAAAGUGAUUUCGUAAAAAAUUUUACCAAUUCGAAACCCGAAGAAUGGCUCGAAGACCUCACCGUCGAGGAUGUGAAUCCGUUACAAAAACAAAUUAGAAAUGAAAAAACUUACAUAAACAGAAAAAUGCAGCAGCAGCAGCAGCAGCAAAUGCUCGAUGGGCAAAAACCCGAGGAGGAAUACUCGAAUCCCGAUGAGGAAAUCGUGGAAAUCGAAGAGAUCGACGAGUAUGGUAACGUGCACAAGAAGAAAAUCAUACGUCAAAAACUUGUUUACAAAUCGAGAUCUCCGACGAGUAGCAAACCGGACAAGAUGCUACCCGACGCAGCCGCCACGAUCAUACAUUCCGAAAAAUUUAGUUAUUUGGGAGAUGAAGGUUUCGUAUCCGAAACUGUUGAACCUUUGUUAAAAGAUGAUGUGUACUCUCACGUGGUACAUCGUCGAACGCAAAUGAUGCCGGAAGUUGAAAAAGUUACGUUUACGGGACCCCAAGCGAGUGAAGCAUUUAAAGAAUUUUCCGAGUCUUUACGAGUCGGAGGAGGACAAAAAGUAGAGGAAGUGGAAGAAAUGGACGAAUUCGGAAACGUUCACAGGAAAAGAAUAAUAAGAGAACAGAUAUUAGAGUCCGAUCAAUUUCCGGUUGGCGGUGGCGAAACAUCAACCGCGACGGACGAGAGUAAAGGAACGAUAACAAAAAUAGAAAAAAUAAAAUUUUCCGGACCGGAUUCUGAACAAAGCCUAAAAACAUUUUCCCAAAGUUUAAAACCGGAAGGAGAAAUAAUAGAAACGGAAGAAGUUGACGAGUAUGGAAAUGUGAGGAGGAGGAAAAUACUCCAGCAAACGAUUUUAAUGAAACCGGAAGAACUAUCCGAAGAACAGAUUAAACAAUUCGAAGAACAAAAAACGGUCGAAUACGACGUGGAAAAUUUGCAACCGGACGUUCAGAAACUCAUAGUGAAGGGUGCCGACGCCGAAACCGCUUUUCAACGUUACGUCGAUAGCAUACCACCGGAAGGGCAAAUAGAAACGAUAGAAGAAGAAAUAGACGAACACGGAAACGUUCGAAGGAGAGUCAUUUUAAAAGAAAAAAUAAUCGUCAAAUCCGACGAACUCGACGAAGGAAUGAAAAAAUCGUUGGCGACCGGUCGUGAAAAACAAGAAUUUGUGAAAAUGCCAUCGGAUAUUGAAAAACUAACAUUUACCGGUUCCGACGCCGAAGAACAAUUACAAACGUACAUGAAAAAUUUAACAACGGAAGAAGUUAUAGAAACGGAAGAGGUAGACGAAAAUGGCGACGUACACGUAAGAAAAAUAUUAAAAGAAAAAAUAUUGAUCCGACCGGAAGAACUCGUCGGAAAGGUAAAUCCGGAAGGGUCGGGAAAAUCACCCGUGACGGAAAUUCAAAAAAUAAUAUUCAAAGGUUCCGACGCGGAGGAAAAUUUACGGAAGUACAAAGAAAAUUUGGGUGAAGAAAUAAUAGAAGUACGAGAAGAAGACGAAUUGGGUAACGUACACGUUAAAAAAAUACUCAGAGAAAGAAGGUUGAUGAUGGCACCGGGAGAUGAAGCGACUGAAAGUGUCUUACGCGAAACCGGAAAUACAUUAACGUUCGAAAACAUCGACGUCGGUGGUCACGACAUUGAGUACAGAGAAACGAUAGAACCCAUAACGGAUGAAAAUUAUUCUCACGUCAUACAUAAAGAAGCACGAUUUGGUCCAGAAGUACAGAAAAUCACUUUCACCGGACCGGAUGCUGACGAAGCGUAUAAAAAAUUCACGGAAAAGUUUCGGGAUGAAUCCGCGGCGGAGGAACAGGUCGAAGAAUUCGAAGAAACGGACGAAAGUGGAAACGUACACGUGAAAAAACGCGUGACGCGUAAAUUAUUGAUAGACCCUCGACACGUUGAAAAAACGGGACUCAAAGGACGAGAACUCGGAGAACAUUUGAAAAAAAUCGAAUCGGAAAUUUUUGACGGUGCCACGACCACUCGCGACCACCUCACCGAAUCCUUAAUCCGACCCUAUAAAUCUAACGUGACCUCAGGGUUUGCUCGUUCGUCGGUUUUACUAACAGAACAAACGGAAGCAUGUCGCGAGCAUGAUAACAACAACAACAACAACAACCAAGCAUGCGUUGCAGGAGGAGUGAGAGGAAGUGAAGCAGACGAUCACAAGGACAAACGUUUGUCGGGCGGUGAAAAAUAUGAACCGGAAGAGGAAAUGACAUCAUCGAUGUUUAAAAAAGAACGCGGGGGUGGAUAUAGUCAAAGACCACCCUUAGUCAGCGACAUAUCCAUGGACGAUGAAGCUGAAUAUGAUCCAACCGAACACGAUUGGAGGAAUCAAUUGGAAAUACUCAACGCGGGUUAG